GCUUCAUAAUUCACUCUGUAAUAUCUAUGGUUCUCUAGAAGUUUCUGAGAACUGCUCGUUACGAUGAGAGGAAUAUGGGAAUACCAUGAGAGUAACUAAACGAUAAGGCUAAAUAUCUGAACAAGACUGCAACUGUGAAAUGCCGAAAAGUGAAUGCACGUCUGUCAUUUAAAAAAAGGUUUUCAAAAAUGUUCGGAUGCUUAGUAGCUGGUAGAUUGGUGCAGACCGACGCACAGCAGGUAGCCGGGGACAAGUUUGUCUUCAACCUACCGGACUACGAGAACGUCAACCACGUGGUGGUGUUUAUGCUGGGUACCGUGCCUUUCCCCGCCGGGAUGGGGGGCGCUGUUUAUUUCUCUUUCCCGGAUCCUGCAGCAGGGCAGGUGUGGCAGCUGCUCGGCUUCAUCACCAACGAGAAACCCAGCGCGAUGUUCAAGAUCUCCGGCCUGAAAGCCGGUGUGGGCGGGGAGCACCCUUUCGGGGUGAUGGCGCCGCAGGCAGCCUCUGUGGCCCAGGUGGGCGUGUCCAUGGAGCCGCUGGACCAGCUGGCACAGCAGACCCCCGUAUCCAACGCCACGGUGUCUGCCAUCGACUCCUUCACACAGUUCACACAGAAGAUGUUGGAGAGCCUGUAUAACUACAGUUCGUCCUACGCCGUGACCCAGGCCCAGAUGAGCCCCAACCCCACAGAGACCUUCAUCCCAACCAGCUCCAUCCUCCGAUGGUAUGAGAAUUUCCAGAGAAGGAUGGCACAGAACCCUGGGUUCUGGAAGACGUGAGCCAGCUGCUUUUAGAGAGGGGAUGGAGGCCCAGUCUCCUUCAGCCCAGCUGCACACCUGCCCUGGAGACCAGGCCCUGCCCCCUCCCCCCUGCCCCCCUGCCUUCCUGCCCCCCUGCCUUCCUGCCUUCCUGCCCCACAAACACUCGCACACAACCAGCCAAGGACCUUCAAUUUGCAUGCAGCCCAAAUAAACUGGGGUCAAAACUGUGACUCUUUCUUUCACUUGGUGUCGGUGUCAUGGAGACGGCUGGUCACGAGAGAUUAUUCUCACACACCCUAGUGUCAAGAGUGCCAUUUGACAGAAGGAGCAACACAGAGCGAUCCAGUGGUAGUGUAGACUGCCUUGAGAGAACCAACAAUGUUGUCUGACACGAUAGUAUUGGAAGUAACAUUAAAACAAAUUUUUAAACCUG